AUGAAGGCUUGCUUCUUCCUCCUGCUGGGAGCGGUCCUGUGCUUGGACUCAGGUUCUUCUCUGAAGUGUUACAGCUGCUCCUCACAGCUCAGCAACGCCAACUGUCAGAAGGCAGUGGAGUGCACGGAGAAGGAGUUGUGCAAGACAGAUGUGAUCAGGAUCGUGGGGCUCUUCAACAUCAUCAACAAGGGCUGUGAUGCAUCGUGUGUAUCCAGCUACCAGGACUUCAACGUGGGCAACAGGAACGUCUCCUGCUGCAGCACCAACCUCUGCAACGUCAACUCGGCGGGCAGCGUGAGGGGCAGCUAUGGGGUGGCAGCAGGGGUGGCAGGCACCGUGCUCUGGACCUUCCUCCACAACAAGCUGUGA